UUUUCAAUUUUCCCUCUCUUUUUUUUCUUCCUUCCUUCUUCACUUUCCUAUUCCACCGUCUUGACUUGCUUUCCCUCGAUUUUUCUAUUUAUUUACAAUAGGGACCUGUUGCUGGAGCCGGCAAGGAAACCAUCAUGUUGAACCGGUGGUUAAAGGUUCGCCGCUCCCGAGCCAAAAUAAUCGUUCUCUGCUUUGUAGUAGCGGUCAUCGUCCUACAUGGCACCUUCAACCCCGUAAAUCCCGGUUACUCCGCCGAUGAAAACCAAAACCACCACUCCGACGCUCAUAGCAAGCGGGUUGAGUCCCGCCGCUUACUCGAAGAAGCUCAAAACGACGCCGCUCAGGGUGACAACAACGACAAUAAGAGCUACGCGGAAUUUGAUAUCGCCAAGAUUCUCAUCGAUGAAGAAGAAGGAGAAAAGGAAAAACCCGACCCGAACAAGCCGUACUCUCUCGGACCUAAAAUAUCCGAUUGGGAUCAACAAAGAUCCGAAUGGCUCAAAACCAACCCGGAUUUCCCAAACUUCAUCGGUCCAAACAAGCCCCGUGUCCUCCUCGUCACCGGUUCAUCACCCAAACCGUGCGAAAACCCGGUCGGUGAUCAUUACUUAUUGAAAUCGAUAAAGAACAAGAUCGAUUACUGCAGGUUACACGGGAUCGAGAUUUUUUACAACAUGGCGUUAUUGGAUGCGGAAAUGGCGGGGUUUUGGGCAAAACUACCAUUGAUUAGGAAGCUAUUGCUUUCCCAUCCCGAAAUCGAGUUCCUUUGGUGGAUGGACAGUGAUGCGAUGUUUACGGAUAUGGCGUACGAGCUCCCAUGGGAAAGGUACAAAGAUUUCAAUAUGGUCAUGCAUGGGUGGAAUGAAAUGGUUUACAAUGAUAAGAAUUGGAUUGGUUUAAACACGGGUAGUUUCUUGUUAAGGAAUUGUCAAUGGUCGCUUGAUCUUUUAGAUGCUUGGGCUCCUAUGGGUCCGAAAGGGAAGGUUAGGGAAGAAGCUGGGAAAAUUUUGACUAGGGAGUUAAAGGAUAGGCCAGUUUUUGAAGCCGAUGAUCAGUCCGCCAUAGUUUACUUGUUGGUCAAGGAAAGAGCUAAAUGGGGUGAAAAAGUAUAUCUAGAGAAUGCUUAUUAUUUGCAUGGUUAUUGGGGGAUUUUGGUGGAUCGUUACGAGGAAAUGAUAGAGAACUAUCAUCCUGGAUUAGGGGAUCAUCGAUGGCCUUUGGUUACUCAUUUCGUUGGGUGUAAACCGUGCGGCAAGUUCGGGGAUUAUUCUGUCGAGAGGUGUUUGAGACAAAUGGAUAGAGCUUUCAAUUUUGGCGAUAAUCAGAUCUUGCAAAUGUAUGGGUUUACGCAUAAAUCGCUGGCUAGUCGGAGAGUUAAACGAGUUAGGAAUGAGACCGCUAAUCCACUUGAAGUUAAAGAUGAGUUGGGAUUGCUUCAUCCAUCGUUUAAAGCUGUUAAGGUCUCUCCUUCUUCAUAAUGCCUUGGACACGUUGACAUGUGAUAGUCAUACAUUGUUCUUGAUAUUUAUUCUUUGACUUGUCAAUUUCCACUCCAUUGCCAAUCCUUUUCUCUUUGAGAGAUUGGACCAUACUCAAUAAUUUUUGUAUUAUUUAUAGAAAGGAAAAUUUUAACUGAUAUAUAGCUGGUAUUUGCAUGUCA